ACUCCAUUUUAUUCAUUCUCAACCUUUCCUUCUUCUGGAAACUUCUUUAACCUUUCAUUUUCUUAAAGAAGAAAUAUGGCGUCGUUUGAUUUCUCCAUUCAUAUGAAGUCUAAGGAUAAAUCUAAAGCUUCAUCCAAGAUUCCCGCAGAUACAGCAUCAUCAUCAUCUUCAUCUGCUGAAUCGGAGAACAAAUCAACAUCAACAAAUGAUAAGAAUGAAUUACCUGAAUCCAAUGUCGGCGGACAAGAAUCGCAACCUAAAUCAACUGAUAAUGAAUUACCUGAAUCCAAUGUCGGCGGACAAGAAUCGCAACCUAAAUCAAUUGAUAAUGUGACUAUGAAAGAAUCAGGAUCUAAAGAAGAAUCUUGUAAAACUGAGAUUCCUGGGGAAUCUGCAUCUUCUACUGGCGAAGAAGAAUCUGACAAAACUGAGGCUUCCGAAGGGGUUUUUGAAGAAGUUUUUACUGAAGAACAGUGAGUUCAAAUGCUCAUACAAAGGUGAAGACCUUGGCUGGGACAUAGCAAUCACGAAAGGCUCUAAUCUUGCCGUGGAAAAGAAGGCCUCUGCCUC